AAUUUGUUUAAGAAGAAACCAAUUAUAAAAAAUUCUUCUGAAUCGUCAUACACGAGUAACUUCAGUGAUAGAGUAUCGGGGGGUAAGGUAAUAGAAAAGUCUCGGGAUGCGGUCGUUCAAGAUGCUGAGUCAUUGUGGGAUUGCAGAGACCGAAUUUUGUUGAGUGUGCGAAAGAUUAAGACCAAAGAUCAAGUCGAGAAGGAAGUCGAGAAAGAUAAAGUUAAAAAGCAACUUGAAGAAACACCUAUAAUCGUCGAAGUCAUUGCAGAAUUUCAGACUGACAUCACAACAGCGAACCUAAAGGUUAAUGUUUCAAGUCAGACAAAUGAUCAAUUAAUGGGCCUGGUGGUUACAUUUAAGUCAACGACUGAUAAGAGUCAACAGACGAGCACCGAAAACUGCAUAAAACGCGUUUCAAAAAAGACCAUACUUCCGCCUGUGAUUAAACCUCAGAAUAUUAAAUGGGAUGAAAGUUGUGCACCGAUGAAAGAAUAUAUCACAUAUAACUCUAUAAUUCACAAGCUGUGUCAAUUGAAAACGAGUAAUAUGACAUUUUCAAGACACGUCGUGAAUAGGAUACUCUCGCCGUUAUAUUGUUGCAACAGCGUGUGCCAUUGUCAUCCGUAUUAUGAAAACAUGGUGCCUGUACACAAAAUCGUGUACGCCGUGACGAUGCUCGCCAGUUUGGUACUCAAGACGCGUCAAUGGUUGGAAAAAUGCCUACAAUAUCAUCAAGCUGUCACACAAAGAUCCGAAAUCGAAUUUAGACUGUAUGCCGCCGCUGCCGAGACGAAGUAUUUGGCCCGUGAACUGACAUUUUUAGGGAUUGUCGUAAAUCAUACCACCGGUACGGCGGAUCAGGUCGAAAUGCUCAUUGACGUCUAUGAUGUGUGUUUCAGACGUUUUAAAAAGAUAAUGAAGUCUGUGCGUUGGAUUGAAAUGCUGCGGAGCGAAGGGAAAUAUGAUAACGAUGGCCGAGGUAGUCUUUCCACGACGGAUCAAAAUAAUUGA